GGUUUUGCCCGUAGAGGGAGGGAGAUCGAGCUUUACGUCAAACGUUAGCAAGUACGUUUAAAAAAAAUACAGGGCUUAGUUUAUAACUUCGUCUUUUUGAGUGAUUGUCUAUCAGAUUUGGCCAUUGGUGUUAUUUGCCUAACAUAAGGUUGCUGAAGAUGCCUACAUCGAAGUACCAGAAGGGGGACAAGGUCAUGGGUCGCUGGCCUGGCAGCAGUCUGUACUAUGAGGUCAUGGUGCUACGCUUUGACUCAAAAAGUAGGCUCUACACUGUCAUCUACAAGGAUGGUACGGAGUUGGAGCUCAAGGAGCAAGACAUCAUGAGUUUUACAGGCUUCCAGAGCCGCUCUCGGUCCCGCUCUCGCUCACCAGGACGACGUCGCAGCAGGUCACGGUCACCUGCAAGGUCCACACGCCGUUCAUCCUCUCGCACUGCUGCCACCGUAUCAGACAGCACAUCAUCGUCUCGUCGGGAUACAAGGCUAAAGGAUACACUGGAAGUUAGAGUCACCCCCCUGCAACAGCCCAAGGCAUCGGAGAACAGUAGCAACAAUAAGCAGGACAAGGAAGGGGAGAAUAACACUGCUAGCAAACUAAAUGAGAAACAUGAGGCCAAGAUGGAAAUGGAUGCCGAGAAGAAUCAAAGCCGAUAUAACCUGCGCCGCAGGAAGGAUGAUGGAGAUGCCGCUCCACUUGUCAAAUCACCGCUGCAAGAGGAGAAAAAGACUGUGGUACUCCCAGUUCCUGCUGCUGCCCUGUCCACUCCACUUGACUUUGGAGGGAAGAUAGGAGCAUACUUCUGGCUGAUCUUCCUGCCAGCCUGGGUUGUACUGUUGGUACUUCAAGCUAACCAGGAGGAUCCCAGUCUGGCAAACUUCCCCCCUGCUCUGCCUCCACUUGAGACCUUCUGGGACGCCCAAGCUCUUGGCAUUGUCCUCCUCUGGGUCCUAUUUCAGGCUCUACUCUACAUUUUGCCUGUUGGAAAGCUGAGUGAAGGAAUGCCACUAAGGUCUGGGAACAGGCUCAAAUACAGAACCAAUGGUUUCUUUGCCAUUGUGGUUAGUUCUUUAGUGGUGGGAGCAGCAGUGUACCAGGGCAUUGAUCUUACCUACAUCCACAGUCAUUUCCUGCAGCUGGCCACAGCCUCCUUCCUCGUCUCUGUGCUGCUCAGCUUCUAUCUUUAUAUCCGCUCUCGCUCUGCCCGCCCCGAGGAGCUGGCUCUUGGUGGAAAGUCUGGCAAUGUGGUCUAUGACUUCUUCAAGGGUCGUGAGCUAAAUCCCCGUAUCAAAAGCUUUGAUCUGAAAUUCUUCUGUGAGAUGCGUCCUGGACUCAUCGGAUGGUGUUUGAUCAACUUCGCCAUGGCUCUAGCUGAGAUGAAGCAGCAGGGUCUGGAUGCUCCAUCAUACUCCAUGAUCCUUGUGAAUCUCUUUCAGUUACUCUAUGUGGUGGAUGGUCUUUGGAAUGAGGAGGCCAUCCUGACCACCAUGGACUUGAUGCAUGAUGGUUUUGGUUUCAUGUUGGCUUUUGGUGAUUUGGUGUGGGUUCCUUUUACUUACACCUUGCAGGCUUAUUACUUGGUUGGCCACUCCCAGCCCCUGAGUUUCCCUGUACUCACAGCCAUUGUCUUCCUUAAACUCAUCGGAUUCUACAUAUUCAGGAAAUCAAACUCUGAAAAGAAUGCCUUCAGAAGAAACCCAUCAGACCCCAAACUGUCCAAUUUGAGAACAAUCCCCACAGCUACAGGAAAAAGUCUGCUGGUAUCGGGCUGGUGGGGCUUGGUCCGUCACCCUAACUACCUGGGAGACCUCAUUAUGGCUCUUGCUUGGUCCCUACCAUGCGGCUUCAGCCAUCUUCUGCCGUGGCAUUACAUGAUUUACUUCAUCAUCCUGCUUGUGCACCGAGACUCGCGCGACAUGAAUGAGUGCAGAAGGAAGUACGGUUCAGCGUGGGAAGAGUACUGCCGAACGGUCCGUUACAGGAUCAUUCCCCACGUAUACUGAGGCGCCGACCGUCUGCACCGCGGAGCCGAGGCUCUGUUUAUGACCCAACAUUAGCCACUUCAAGGCUUGCUAAAAUAUUAAUGGAUUUAUUGACUGAUUUGACAUUUUAGACCUUUUAUCUUGAUUCUGGAUUGAAGAAAGAAUUUUUUAAUGGAAGUAAAGAAGACAGCUAUAUUUUGGAAUUUUUUUGAAGAAUUGCUUUUUAAAUAUAAAAUAUUAACAAACAUGACUUAGAAGGUCUUCUUAGGAUAAACUGUACAUUUUUGUAUAUAAACAUUGUUUUUUACUUAUAAAAUCACAAACAUCAUGCUUACCAUUUAUGGAAUAUCUUUGCAUCUGCACCCAUUUCCAGAAUGUUACAUCUGCUUGGUAUUAAUGAAUAAUUUUGUGAAGUAUAAUUUCCUUAUCUAGUUUUACUACUUGUGUAUAUUUUAAGGAUGGGAUUGAAAAUGUUUUCCCGAUUGAUAAGCUGUACAGGAGAUCUACAGCUCGUUAUUUCUCAGGACCAGGAACUGUCAGAAUUUACGAUUUUAUGUCAUUUUAUAUAGAAAUUUAGUUUUGACCAGAAAAAAAGACAUAGUUUUAGAGGUGAUAGGAGAAAUGCACUAGUAUGCUGACUUUUUUCCUUAGUUACAAAAUCUAUUUGAUGUUGGUUUUGCUACCUCAAGUUCACUUGCUGUCCAGUUUUCCCUUCUUUGUGCCCUCUAGAAGGCAGUGUGUGUAAUGAGUGUGGCAUUUCUGCGUGAGGACUUGCCUUGUUCACUUCAUCAAUAUGAUCCUUCAUGAACUGGUAGCUACUAUCCACAUUCCAGAUGACUUCUGUUAGGAUGAAAUUCACCACGACAGCGGUCAGCAUGUUAUAGAAACUCUGUAAUUUGCACUGAUAGUGUGAAUAGUGCUUUUUAUUUAUGGAUGCUUCAGCAUACCAGAUCAAAUGAAAGUGACUAUUUUUAGCUAAGUUUAUACUGUGAUAACAAACAGAGCUGUUAGCAUUUGUAACAUCCCAAAAAGUAUUUUAAGCAUGUGCAGCUUAGAUGAUGACACAAGUAGCAACACAUCAAAUAGACUAGCUUUUUACGCCGUUUUGACUGAGUAUCGUGUAAAUAUUUUGUAAGCCUGUGAUAAGGUUUCUCAGCAGCCCGUUAAUGUUGCUUUUUGUUUGGAUUUUGACUAGUUUACUUACCUUAAGCUUGACCACUGUUAUGUUUACACCUAGAUCUGCCAUGGUUGUGGACAGUUCUUCCAGAUGUAUUUGAGCAAAUUUAUAAUAAGCUUGAUAUUUUAGGUCCCAGAACCUUUUCUUCAUAACUAGAUGAAGUCAUGCAAAUGCUUCUUAAUAUUAUUGCUUUAAACCUCUAUUAAUCACCUGCUAGUGGAAAUCAAAAGUUUGAUGUACUUUGUUAAAUUACACCAAUGAAUGAGAUGUUAAUAUAACCAAUGAGCUGCCAGUGAAGAAGGUUCCAGUUUGGGCAGCAGCUGGAAAAAAUGUUGCAACAUGAAAUAAAGUUUUUCAUCAUGUUA